GCCUUGUUGGCUUUGCCUCUCGUCGGUCAUGUCGACGCAGACUCAGGAGGACGACUCGUUGCUGUCUACACUCGAUUCGCUGGCACCGGAGUCGCUCAAGCAUUUCGAUGCGUUCCCCAAGCUACCCGCGUCCUAUAAGGCGCGCUCGGAAUCGCGGGGCUUGUUCACCGCUCUUGUCGCCUUCAUUGCGUUCUUCCUGGUGUUGAACGAUCUCGGCGAGUUUAUCUGGGGAUGGCCGGAUUACGAGUUCAGCGUUGACAACGAGGCGCGAAGUCACAUGAACAUCAACGUGGAUAUGGUGGUUAAGAUGCCUUGCCAGUACCUCAGUGUUGACCUGCGAGACGCGGUGGGGGACCGUCUUUACCUCUCAUCCGCCUUCCGUCGCGAUGGCACAUUAUUUGACAUCGGACAAGCGACUGCAUUGAAGGAGCACGCCGCGCAGCUCUCUGCGCGCAAAGCAGUCGCGCAGUCUAGACAAUCUCGGGGGUUGUUCGAUGUCCUCCUCAGGAGAUCUGGCCAAGGAUACAAGCCUACGUACAACCAUCAACCUGACGGUGGCGCGUGCAGAAUAUAUGGCACUCUUCAAGUUAAGAAGGUCACCGCCAAUCUGCAUAUCACAACUGCCGGUCAUGGCUACGCCAGCGUACAACAUGUCCCGCACGACCAAAUGAAUCUGUCGCAUGUGAUCACCGAGUUCUCCUUCGGUCCUUAUUUCCCAGACAUUACGCAACCGCUCGACGACUCAUUCGAAAUUACAACGGAUCCAUUCAUUGCAUACCAAUACUUUCUUCAUGUGGUGCCGACGACUUACGUCGCUCCUCGCUCCUCGCCGCUCAAGACCGCACAAUAUAGUGUCACACACUACACCAGGGUAUUAGAACACGGCCGGGGGACACCAGGCAUCUUCUUCAAAUUCGAAUUGGAUCCGUUGAGCAUCACCGUGAACCAGAGAACCACUACAUUAGCCCAGUUGUUCAUUCGUGUAAUCGGAGUUGUCGGUGGCAUCUUCGUAUGUGCCGGAUACGCCUACAGGAUUACAUCGCAUGCCAUCUCGCAUGUCACCGGCGAAGACUCAACCCCAGGCAUCGUAGCUGCGGAAGCAUCCGGUGCAUCGCGCGGCCUACGCGCAAAGUGGGGCGGCGGAGAGCUCCGCUCGCGUGUCGUUCGCCAGGGAAGUGGAUGGGCCGUCGAAGGCGGAAGUCCGUACACCAGCUACGCCGGCACACCCGUGUCUGCCCACGCGCCGUCGCCAUCAUGGAGCCAGUCCGCCGCGCCUUCGCCGUCCUUUGGCCCUCCGCCGAGCGCGGGACCCUACAGCGCUGGUUUCGGGCCGUCCGCCAGUCCGUACCCACCGUCUUCGCCCAUGCCGCCUCGAAGCCCAUACACCCCCUCUGGCGCCCACUCGAGAACCGCAUCCCGAAGUGCCGCGCUACCGACAGCCGCGACGUUCGGGUCGCAGUUUGGACCCAGCGCACCCAACACUCCAAACCUGUACGGGCACUUCCCACCCACCCCGAAUCCUGCCGUGAAUGGUUUCCCGCCUCCGUCACCAGCAGGACUCGGCAUCAACGGAAAUGGACACGGCCCGUCGCCUCCCCCAAGGACGCCUUCUGGAGGUGUCAACGGCGUCAAUGGGGCUAACGGACAUAGGCCAGCUCAGAAAGAUCCGAAAAAGGACGACUGAGCGAUCAUGAUGUUUUUCUCGUUAUAUUCACUUCUAGGGUGGAGCAACAGGGCUUUUCUAUCAUAUCGAGCCAUAUAUCACGAUUCACGCGCAUGCGGUGGCAUAGCACAGAGGCGCUUUCUCAGCGUCUGGGAAGACACGUCUUUGAGCUAGAGGGUAAUCUGGAAAGGUGGCCGAAGGCCGUCGAGUAAGGUCAAAUUGGAGCCACUGGGGCUCAGCAGGUUAAUCGUUCAAAAACUUCAUUGAACCGAUGUAGAGCAGGCUUUAUGUGAAUGUAUCGCAAGUGCCAUGGCUGCUAUAUGAUAGCUAGGAGACCCGUGCAAGG